AUGUUUGGCAUUGCAGACUACGGCGCCUUUGUGGCCGCCAUCGUGUUGUUCCUGCUCAUUCCAGGCCCCGGCAAUCUCGCGCUCAUCACUUCCACCAGCAAGGGCGGAAUCCGUGGCGGCAUGGCCGCCACCAUGGGAGUGAUUGCAGGCGACCAGGUGCUGAUGUGGGCGGCGGUGGCAGGCGUGGCCACGCUGCUGGCCACGUACCCAACGGCGUUCAACGCCGUGCAGUGGCUGGGCGCUGCCUACCUGGCCUGGCUGGGGUUCAAGAUGCUCACGGCCAAGCCCGGUGCCCAGCCCAUCCUGAACAUUGAGCCGCGCCAUUACUUCCGGCAGGCCGGGCUCAUCACCUUGCUCAACCCCAAGGCCAUCGUUUUCUACAUGGCCGUUCUUUCCGCUGUUCGUCGAUCCGGCACGUCACCAGGGCAUGCUGACCUUUGGCGUGAUGGCGGCCACUGUGGCGGCCCUCACGUUCCUCUAUGGCCUGAUCGCGGUGCUGCUGACGCACCACCUGGCCGAGCGCAUGCGCGCCAACCCCAGCGUCGGCCGCAUGCUGGAAAAAAUCGCCGGCGUCUUUCUGAUCGGCUUCGGCCUCAAGCUGGCCCUCUCCAAAUAACGCCACGGCAACAGCAACAACAACACACGGACUGCAACACUCACAUGGCCAAAAUUUUCUGCGUUGCCAAUCAGAAGGGUGGCGUUGGCAAGACCACCACCACCGUCAACCUCGCCUGCCAGGCCUGGCCAAGAUCGGCCAGCGCGUGCUCGUCGUCGACCUGGACCCGCAGGGCAACGCCACCAUGGGUUCCGGCAUCGACAAGCGCAAGCUGGAGCUGA